CAAGCCGUGUUGACACAAGUCUAUACAUUAUGUUAAUGGCCCCAUUUCUAACUCAUCUUGGCAAUUACGGCAUGGCCAAACUCCAUCAGCUAACUUACAUUAACCCCAAACUGCCACAUAUUUACAUUAAAUACGCAAUAUGUCAGCAUUAUUUAGUUCAACAUAGGGUUAUAAAUCACAAUCUUUGUUCCAUAUAAACUAGACCUUUUAUGUCGGCUUGUCUGACAUCGCGGGACAGAGUGGGUAAAUUGGAGAUGAGCUGUUUAUAUAAAUUGUACGAUAACCAAAGAAAUUAUAUCAGCGUUAUGGCUCCUGUGAGUAUCUGAUCUUUUUUAUUUGUAUUUUAAGCUUUUUGUAAUUCCAACUGAAAUGAAAACAUUUUCCCAGGGAGACAAUAGCAGCAUGAACUGCCUUAUACCGGAUUUUGUUGUCCAGUAUCAACAUGUGAAGGGAAUUGGUAAUAUCUUUUCAAUUUAUAAAUAGUAUUUCCAUGAACAAGGACACCUACAUAAAGCAAGCAAAAUAUGAGCAAUAUAUACCCGUAGUGUUGUCUUUUGGUCAUAGCCAUACUUUCUUACAAAGAGAAUUGCCGAUGGCUCUUUUGCUAGACUUGAGGGAUCCGUGCAAGAUAAUCCGCAAGAAUUAUUUCAUAUUUUCGUUCGACUGACGGAUAAGUAAGUUUGGGUUUGCUGCGUGUUUUGCGUGGUUGGUAGAUUGAAGUAUUUUUCGGAAAUCAAAUAUUGAUCAUGUAAUCACAUCUGAUUUUAAUAUUAUUUAUUGUUAAGUCAUUAGGCUGUUCUUAUCACCAAUUUACCAAAAACAGUUGAACCUCCAUGUGUGGCCACCAGCUCCCAGAAACAACCAACUCUCUUAACCCAUUAAGUUCCAAAAGUGACCGACAUCAAUUUUCUCCUAACAAUAUCCAUACAUUAUCCAGAGAUAAGGUUAUGAGAAUUAACAAAGAUUACCAAAGAGAAAAUGCCUUGAUCUUACAUUAAAUUCUCUCAACUAAUUCUUAAAGGAAAUGUAUAGAGAUCAGUUUGGAGGAUUUUUAUGUUGAUAUUGGGACUUAAAGGGUUAAGUGACUGCUGAUCCAAAGCACAAAAGUUUUCCCAGUCAAAGCCUUAUGACCACAUUUCAAGGCCAAUGGUUUAAUAAUUUUCCUUUGAUUUCAAACUCUUAUAGGUGAACACUUGAUGCAUGUGACCUAGUCUCUCUGUUCACUAGUGUAUAGUCGAACCUGUAUUAAUCGGUCACCCUCAGGGAAUGGUUAAGUGACCGCUUAAUACAGGGUGACCACCUAAUACAGGUCGCAAGAAAUACAGUUCAAAGAAUUAGAUCUCCAGUGCUGAUCAGAACAGACGCUUGACGUCAAAUAGAAACAUUCAUUUCCGGAAUUUUAAUGUUUCCAAAAAUGAACAAGGAAAUCAAUGAUUGAUUUCCUUGUUUAUUUUUGCAAAUCAUGAAAACACUGGAAAUUAUUGUUGUGCCUUGUGUGUUACAUUAUUUGGAACUGUAUGAACACCGUGUGACCGUUUAAUACAGGUUAAGACAAUAGAAAAAGUUAGUCUUGUUGGGACUUCGUAAAUGGUGACUGCGACCGCUUAAUAGAGGUGACCACUUAAUAGAGGUCAAAAUUACAGUACAUCAAGAGAAGUAAUUCUCGGGACUUUGAAAGCUGACCGCUUAAUAGAGGGUGACCGCUUUAUAAUACGGUGCCACUUAAUACAGGUUCGACUGUAUGUACUAUGCUACUAAGAGUGUAAGAAGAAAUUUAGUGACAAUUUAGAACUAGAUAUAUUGCAACUUAGAAAUUAUUGCAUAUAAUUAUUCAAAAUUGAUUGUUUAUGGAAGGUCCGAUUGUAAUCAGUGAUUUUGCUACCUCUGCGUCCUGCCUCCCUGAUGUAUAAAAAUCCCCAAAAGAUACAAAAUAAUUCAUGGCAUGCAGUGAUCCCGUAGGACACAAAGAUCGAUCAAUCAAUCUGAACAUGUAUAUUAAUUUUGUAGAAAUAACCAUAUUUGUGUAAUUUCUGUGGCAGUUAUUAUGGCUGUUGUUGAACAAUGCAUAUUUCUUUUAGCCUUUGUUGUGCUUGAAAAUUAUGGACUACAAUGUAUAUUUUAAUUUCAGUGUACUAUUAAGUACAGAGUUUUGGAGUCUGUCUCCAGAUUAACUGUCUGGUUACAUAAAGGCCCAGUGCAUUAGCAUUUUCAAUUUUGGACUCAUUUUUUCUUUAAAUAACAUUCUGGGACUUAUUGGUUCUGGACUGGGACUCAUGAUUUUUCAUAAGACGACUCCCAGGACUUGGCAUAACUAUUUGUAACAAAAUCACUGCUGUAAUUACAAUUAAUUACUGUCAGGACAAUAUGUUAUUGAUACAAUAUUGUACAACAUCUCACCAGAGCUGUUUGAUUAACCGCUCAAUUGGAUAAAUUAAUGUGUCUGUAGGGUAAUAUCUUUUGUGUUUUCCACCUCCAAUAUUUGCUUACUUUGUCUUGAAUGCCUGCAGUCACAAGAAACUAUUUUUUCUUUUUAAGUGGAUCUUUCGCUUGUGGAUGGAGAAAAGGACAGUGUCUACUUCUGUGGUAAUUCCCUUGGACUUCAACCUAAAGAAGCUCAGACAUUGGUCAUGCAGGAAAUGGAAAAGUGGCAACAAAUGUAUGAGUGUUGACUGAAAUUACAUGACCUUCAAUUAUUUGAUAAGUGAAAUUUUGUUUAUAAACUUGCACUUGGUAUUCUGACAGUUUUCAUCUGUAAGUCAAAAAUAGCUAAAUGCGAUUGCUUUGAUGUUGCCUUAAUGCAGUACUUCAUGGAUUGCUGAUAUUUUGUUUUCACUUCUGUGUUUCAACCACUUUGAUGGAAAACAAAAAACAGUCAUGAAACCCAUGCACAAGUGUAUUUCCUGAGAUUGAUGGCUGCCUGCAAGGACAGUCUCAGGGAGAAGGGGGGGGGGGGGCUUUCUGGAGGGGUGUAAAUUGCAGAUUUGGUUUCACUCAAUCUAGAGUUUUAGUAGGGAAAGUGGGAAAGCCAAUGAAGAUCAUUCCCAUGAAUGCCAGGUCCAGUUACAUAUGGUUCCCCUUUUCUGUUUCCUAUUAAAGGGUGUCUGUUUAUCAGUGUUUACAUCUAUUGGCUCUUGGUCCCUGCUGCAAAAUUUUGUAAUUUGGCGGAAUAAUUUAUACCUGCCAACUCUCACGCCUGCGGGUUGAAAACUUCGAUCUCAUGCCGGCUCACGCCUGCGGGCCAAUUUCUCACGCCUGAUUGAAAAAUGUGAGUUGUUGCCGUCCUGCUUGACACAAUUUCCAAAAAUAUGUUAACUCAGACCCAUGUAAGGAACGAAAACCAUGUGUAAAUGAAUUAAUAACAAUACCUUUCUCGCGAUCUCUGAUUUUGUGGAUAAGCGUUUUCUCGAUAACUUCGCCUUCGGCAGACUUCGGAUGUCUUCGGAAGACUUUGGACUUCUUCAGGAAUCUUUGGAAAUGAUCGUGUCGUCUGCAAAAAUCCCAGAACUCCCAGGAUAAAAAUCUCACGCUUAUAUCUAAGAAAAAGUUGGCAGGUAUAAUAAUUAUAAAUAUAAAUUAUUAAGUUUUCCAUUGAACAGUGUCCAGCAUCCAAAGAAAGUAGUGUCCAGUGGCGCAGGGCUAGUGGAUUUUGCUAUUGGGCUAGUGAAUUCUGUUUUUAACUUGCCCAACUGGCAAGUGAUGUUUUUUGAGGAAUUCGAAUAACAGAAGAACUUUGAAAUAAAUUCUGCUAGUCAAAAAGUUUUUGGGGCUAGUUGAAAUGACGUCUGGGCUAGUAAAUGCUAAGCUUCAGCUUGCCCGAAUAGCAAGCUGUAAAAAUGGUUUUCUUUGCACCCUGGUGGCCCUGUGGAGUCAGACAGUUACUUGUCUUUAGUCUUCAGUCUUUGUAAAUGAUGGUUACAGACUGAGGUGGUCAUAACAGUGCAUUACUUAGUGGGGAUCAAUUCAUCUUGGCUGGGGAGUGCACUGUCAACAUACCACCUAUCUGAUAAGCCUCACAGAUGGACACAAGUUUUACACUGGGAUACUUCUAAUACAUGUAUGCAUGCAUGCAGACAGCUCUACUUACAGCGUGUGGAUAUUAUAAUGCAAUAGCCCAAUAACAAUAUGUAGGCCUCAGUCACGUUACUCCUGGGGACAAAACCGUUUUAUCUACCAAGCAGCCAAUGACUGGAACAUUUUAUCUAAUGAUUCAAGAUAAAAACAUUUCUGACAUUUUGUCUUCUAUAAGACAUAUUAGGAGUAUUUUGUAAUUUUUAUUUUUUUCAUUCUUAAAUUUAUUUAUUAGUUUUUUAAAGAUUUUAAGUUUUUAUCUUCAAAUAUUUAGGCAUUUUUAUAUCUGUUAUUUUAUUUAAUGUAUGGCCCCACUGAAAACCAUGUGUGGCGAGGGCUCGCUGUUGAAAUAUUUUUCUUAUUCGUAUUUAGUCAGAGUUUCACACCUUCCACUAUUUGGCAGUGAAAAAGACAUAUUUUUUUCAGAAAAAAGGAACUUCCAGCUGGAAAGUACAUGUAUGCAUCACCUCUUUGUGUUCUUAGGCAGUUUCAGAUCAGAUCAGUAUAAAUUUAAUGCCAAUAUUGUUUCCUUUAGGGGUGUUUAUGGUCACUGGCAUGGCAAGUUACCUUGGUGGAUAAUUGAAGACUUUGUUUUAUCAGAAAGUGCAAAAAUAGUUGGUAAGUAUUCAUGUUCCUCAACCUGUGUCAAUUUUUGUACAGUAUUUUUAUUGAAUUGUGCAUUUGGAAGAUAAAAGAAACCAGCAAGAGACAAUGACUAAUGUAUUAAAUCACUGUGGACCUUCUUGUGAUGAGGUGACUUUGCAUUUUAGCCAAUCAGCCGUUAUUGUAGCCUGCGUCACAAACGUAAUCUAACUCUUGUUAGUUAUGUUUGGGAAGCAGCGCUGGCAUCCUUGUUCUGGGCCCCGUUUGGAGUAGCCUGAGAAAACAGCCGACGUUUGGCGACGCUACUGGUGGUUUCCUCGCCAAAUGACAUGUGAGAAACAAGCGCAGAAAUUCCAUACUGAAGACGUGUCACUACCCAGAUCUUGGUACUGCUUCUUAUUGGUUGUCCCGCAUGGGAAAUUUGAUUCAGCCAAUCAGAAGCACUACCCAGAUCUGGGAAGUGAUGCGUCAUCAGUAUGGAAUUUGUGCACUCGUUUCUCAGACGUCAUUUGGCAAGGAAACCAGUACACGGUAGUGUUGCCAAAUGUCAGCUGUUUUCUCAAAAGGCUACCUAUUGAGUGCAGGACUCAAUGACUUACUAGAAUUGACUUUCAGAUUUCCUUUAAUCCUGAUUGGCAAAUCGAUGAUGGCUUUUUAAAAGGCCAGUCAUGAAAUGAAAUUACAUUAAUGACACUGCAUGAAUAUUUACUCCAACUUGGAAAGAGAAAGGGUAUUUUCCUAGUCCCAGAUAGAUAAUUUUUGCCAAGCAGUUAAGCAUUUAUCCAAUCCCCAUGUGUAAUAUAAUAUUAAAAAUAGACGUAGUUUAAGCUAUGGCUUUGAUAAAAAUUGUGCUUAAAACAUCAGGCCCCAUGCAGGUUUAAAAGUUGGAUAGCGCUAUCCACUGGAUAGAGAUUAAUUUAUAUCCAGUGGGUAUCACCAUUGACCUUUUAAACGACUGGGGCCAGACGAAAAACCCUGAUGAUAGGAAAAUUUAAUAUUACCGUAAUUUAUUAAAUUGGUACCCCAUAUAAAGUGGUUGAUACAUAUAUGAGCAACCAGGGAUGGUGACGUGCGUCUUGAGUUAUACAUUUUAGCAGAGGGUACAACAUUCCCCUUUCACAUACAGAGAAACUGUAACCAGAGGUUGUCAUGACUUUGACAGCUUGACCCAAUAGGGUGGGUUCCCAAUUUAAAAAUGGAAACUUCUACAAUAAAAAUUGUUGAUUAUGUUUGUUUGCUCUUUAAUUAAUUAAAGGUGCUAAAGAAAUCGAGGUUGCAAUAAUGAACUCCCUUUCUGUAAAUCUCCAUCUGCUGUUGGUGCCAUUUUACAGACCAUCACCUCAGAGACACAAAAUUCUCAUUGAGGCAAAAGCAUUCCCUUCAGAUCAUGUAAGUUGAUUUAGAUUAUUGAUAGAUAAAUCUUUUAUUGUAUGAAUACUUUGCAGUCAUAAAACUGAAUUGCGUAUUUUACAAAUAACAUUAGCUAAAAUAUAAAACUAAUUACAAUCAUGAGAAUAUAAGUACCUUGUGUAGUAAAGCUGAAAAAUAUGUAUAAAAAUCUUACAAUAGAGUCGAUUGACUUCUUAUUUGAAACUUUAAGAGCUUUAUGCACAACCCUGGGACAUAGCAUAAACAAAAGAGCAAGAAACGUUCCGUAUGGGAACGUGGCAAAUUAUAUAACUUUUGACACCUUAAAUUAUAGCUGGAUUGUUUUCUUGGUGGCAGCAGGUGGUAUAACUUAUGUCCGGGAUUGAUAGUAAUGGAAUCAAACAAUUGUCUACAUAGUCCGUUGCGUCUAUCAUAUAGCGUUGGCAGGCCAAGGCUGUCAAGGCAUUCCCGAUAUGACAUGGCAACUGAAAUUAUGGAAAGCACUCUUUUCUGAAUUCUUUCUAUAUCCUCAUUAAGAUAAGCCGGGAGUGCGUGAUGGAAAACCGGAGCGCAGUAUAUAUUCUAGUACAGGUCUGAUUGUUGUACAAUAGAAAUUCACAAUGUCAUUAAGGGGAACACGAGCCCUUUUCAAGAGAACAAUGAAAUACAGGCGCUUAUUUGUUUUCUUAAUGCAAUUCUACAAUGUGAGUGUACCAUUUCAAGUCACUGGAUAUCGUAAAAAUAAUUUGUUUAAAAAUUUUGUGUACGAGACAUGUCAAAACUUUUAUCACCUCUUUCACAUCUUUAUGUCUUUUUAUAGUAAAUUCCUUUACCCUACAGGACACAUAUUUCUUGGGUAAAUUAUUAAAUCGUGGCCUUAGUACACACAAUAGUUUAAUCUCAAUCAAUUCUAUGCAGACCAGCUUAACAGCAGUUUUUUUACCACUAUUCUAUAGUUUUGCCAUAAGUGAACUGAGUGAGUUCAUGUUCAGUUUCUAUUCCUUCUCUCUUACAGAUGUACAAUCAAUCUAAAUUUAUCAUAACACAGUCAGUGAUAUAUACAGAAAUAUAUCCCUAUUUUGUUAAUUUCAGUAUGCUGUGCAGUCACAGAUACGUUUCCAUGGAUAUGACCCAGUAGAUGCACUAGUGGAGGUGAUGCCUAGGGAGGUAUGACGAUGGCAGUAUGAUUAUGCUAGCAUAAUUAUGUGAGCCUGUUUAUGGGUAUUUCUAAUGAAACAGAAGUUGUGAUGAACGACAUUCGUGAGGCGAUGCUGUUAAAGCGAAGAUUGGAUUUGGCAUUUAAAAUCAAGUUUGACAAUGUUAGUCGUGAAAUGACAGCAACGAAACCUGCUAAAAAGUGUGUUGCUUAUUUUAGAGUUUUCUUUUUGUUUAUUUCUUGUUUCUGUUGUUGUAGUUGUUCCGAGCUUGCUAGUCUUGAUUUGUGAUGAUUUCAUUGAAAAAUUAACCGAUUAAUAAUUGGUGGAAAACACGGGAUGUUAUUGAUGUCUGCAGGCUCUCUUACUGAGGCUUAUUCGUAAGAGCUGCUAGUGAAUAGCACUGUAGCAAAUUUCAGUGAUUUCAUAUCAUACGUGCCAAGCUUAGUUACUUUAAUAUUGUACCCUAAACAGGCCUGUACACCAAACGUGCAGUUAAUAAUCAUUAGACAGAUGCUAGUUAACAUACUAUAAACAAUAAUCAAUUCUACUUUAAAAAGGGUUACCACUUCAGGGUUGUCAAAAUGUGCAGGCAACCAGCACUAUUGUCUGCUACUUUAAGGUUUUUGACGCCUGUAAAUUAUUGGAGAGAAGCGAAAAAAAUGGACAAUUAAAAAAGUUGUAAAAUAGAAAAACAAAAAGAAAUGGUUUUAAUCAUGAUCUGCAUGUUCUUUUUUGUGAAGCACCUUCCCUGCCUGGGCAACACAUAUCCCUAGUGAUAUGUGUUCCCCCACCUGGGAAACACAUAUCCCUAGCGAUAUGUGUUCCCCCACCUGGGAAACACAUAUCCCUAGUGAUAUGUGCUCCCCCACCUGGGAAACACAUAUCCCUAGUGAUAUGUGUUCCCCCACCUGGGAAACACAUAUCCCUAGUGAUAUGUGUUCCCCACCUGGGAAACACAUAUCCCUAAUGAUUUGUGUUCCCCUACCUGGGAAACACAUAUCCCUAGUGAUAUGUGUUCCCCCACCUGGGAAGCACAUAUCUCUAGUGAUAUGUGUUCCCCCACCUAGGAAACACGUAUCCCUAAUGAUAUGUGUUCCGCUACCUGGGAAACACAUAUCCCUAGUGAUAUGUGUUCCCCUACCUGGGAAACACAUAUCCCUAGUGAUAUGUGUUCCCCCACCUGGGAAACACAUAUCCCUAGUGAUAUGUGUUCCCCCACCUGGGAAACACAUAUCCCUAGUGAUAUGUGUUCCCCCACUUGGGAAACACGUAUCCCUAAUGAUAUGUUUUCCGCUACCUGGGAAACACAUAUGCCUAGUGAUAUGUGUUCUCCCACCUGGGAAACACAUAUCCCUAGUGAUAUGUGUUCCCCCACCUGGGAAACACAUAUCCCUAGUGAUAUGUGUUCCCCCACCUGGGAAACACAUAUCAUCUGUGAUAUGUCUUUCCCUACUGUAGCAUGCCAGCUACCUUCUCUUACUCUCCUGCUACUUAAAAUCUUUUUGACAACCCUGCUAGUUUACACUGACUUGUCUUUGAAUGGUUUAAUCCUUGAACUUGUAUAUUACGCAAGUAAAUGUUGGUAACACAAGCUUUGAUUUUGAUGCCUCCUUACCCAGGGAGAGGAGAUACUUAAAACAGAGGAUAUUCUUUCAGUUAUUGAAGAGCAAGGAGAUUCAAUAGCACUGGUAAUGUUUAGUGGUGAGUAAACUGAAGUAAUUAAAAAGGCUGAUGAAAGCUCGUCUAAUAUUUCAAGGAUACAGACAGAGUAAAACAGGACUCAAAAUAAACAACUACAGUAAUUUGGAGGUGAAUGCAUGUGCAAAGCUCAGGGUACUGUCUCCCCUCCCUCCCACUGUCCAGUAGAAACGCAAUAACGUUUUUCAAAUUAUUUGAAGUUAAAGUUCUUUCAUUAGAAACUGUCACGCUUAGUAGAUUCAGCUCGUUAGUUUGAGUCGUUAACAUGGCUUCAUCAUUAUGACAUCGUCAUCAUCAUCAUCAUUGUCAUCAUUUUAUUAUUGGUAUUAUUAUUAACAAUUAUUCCUCUAGCCCGAAUGGGCUCUGAGUCAAUACCCCAUGAGGCCGAAGGCCGAAUGGCCUAUUGACUCAGAGGCCAUGAUUGCUAGAGGAAUAAUUGUUUUAGUAAAAUCCAACUAGUUGGUCAAAACAACUUUAGCUAGUUAAAGCUAGACUUUAAUGAUUUUUUGCCCGCCAAAUUGCCGGCGCUUUUCACUACUAGUGGGCUAUAUAACAUAUCGCCUAGUAGGUAGCUCAACCGAUCAGAGUGCAACAUUGAUAAUAGAUUUUACUAAUUAUUGUUAUUCCUCCUCCUCCUUGUUAUUAGUAUUAUUAUUAACUUUUACAUUAUUUCAGGUGUACAAUAUUAUACUGGGCAAUUUUUUGAUAUAAAAAGGAUAACUGCUGCCGCCCAGAAAAAGGUAACUAUGCACGUGAGCUUGCAGCUUCAGGCAACCAUUUUUUUUUGUUAUUUCCUGAGUGGCAUUGAUAAGGAAACUCUUCAUAAUACCAAAAAUGCCAAGUUUUACUGUGGCUGGCUCUGUGAGCCCGAAAGAUGACGCAAAACCUCUGAGUGGGCAAGAUAAACUUAUUUAGGAUUUCCCUAGCUUUUAUAGCCCAACUUGUUUGGUGAAGAUAACUUGUUAUAGUGGGGUUCAUACAGGUCAUGAAAUUUAAGAAUUAUUUUCCUGGAAAGGCAUGGAAAAUUAAAGUUACAGAGUAUGUUUGGUAGAUAUGUUACUGCAGAUGUCAAAGCAAGGACGUGUACAUGCACGAUAGAGAUGAGUAAUUAAGCAGUGCAAAUGGCUUGCAUUUGGGUGGACACCAGUGUUUGUGCCUGUUGAACCGAUGUAGGUCAAAAAAUAGCCUAAAGCAAGGAAUGUUUUAUAAAUAUUUGAAAGUGACAGCUAAACCUAUAAGGUCAUGGAAAACUUGAAAAGGUGUUGGAGAAAGUUAUGGAAAGUCAUGGAAUUUGAAGAGCUCUAAAGAGUGUCACUUACCCUGUAUAGGAUAUUGGCCUCUUUGUUUUGCCAUUGUCUCUGUUGAUAUGAUGCAUUGCCAACAACAAUAACAACAAACGUUGGGCAGAAUUCAGCCAUCUUGACCUCAUGCAUGGCUAAGGGUGCUUUCCUAAAGUCAGAACUGGCCGGCCAGAGCUUGGUCGCACUGGUCAUUUUGAGCUAUUUUGAAAAUGAAACAGCCUUUUUGAUGAAAAACGAUUUCCUUCGUGUUUAGGGUUUGACUGAUCUGGCUGGAUAGGUUUGAUUAACAGUAAAAUUCCCAUUAAGACAGGAAUGUCCUGGCCGGUCAGUUCUGACAAAUGGAAAACGCCCUAAAGUUUAAGAGAAACUUUUCACCAUGUCUUUGUUAAUAAUCUUUAUUUUUUCUUUCUAAUUAAAAUGAAUGACAGGGUUGUAGGGUAGGCUGGAAUUUAGCUCAUGCUGUAGGCAAUGUUGACCUCAAGCUUCAUGAUUGGAAUGUAGACUUUGCUUGCUGGUGUUCAUACAAGGUAAAGUUUCUUGUUGGCUGUGCUGGUCAUCCACUUCAUAAGCCUGCUAACCCAGACGUAUUUCCGACGUCGCUUCUCUCCUUUUCAGGUGUGGAGAAGCGACGACCGCGAAUACUUCGAGUCUUCGACGCUCGCAGGCUACCACUUGAUUAGUCGCUGGAAACUGUUAUAACUUAUAUUUUUCUUUUCUCUUGAAGACUAUUGUCAUGGUCUGAAAGGGUAUUUUCGGGAUGUGGUAUAAUUUGACCAAAUGCGGUGCGGGAUUCGGGAAAACGCAAGAUACUAUCUUAACAGGAAACGGGUGGAUUUUACAGCUACGCGAGAAGUGGAAUUCGCCAAAAUUUAAGCAAGGGAUGCUGGACUUUUUUGCCCGUAUGUUGAGAAUGUGGGAAAUCAUACGUUUGAGCGGUAAAUUCAAAUCAUUUCAAACCAAACUAUUAGAGAGUGUGCCUUGUUAAUUUACUUUUUUUAUUUCAUUGUUUUUGGAAACAAAAGAGGAAUUCGGGAAAGCGAUGAAAAAAAAAAGAGGGAUGCUGGAUUUUCGUGAAAAAGGGGAGGAAUGCUGGACCCAUCCUCGGAACCCGGGGGCAGAUAUUGGGGGCGAAGGAAAGUCUAAACGGGCGGAAAAAAAUGGCCCGAAAAGUAAAUUACGGGGACGUUCUUUACUUUUCUUCGCGCCAUUUUUUGAGAAAAUUUUCAUUGAGAAAAUCCCGUUCUCGUAGUCGUUCUAAAUCUGCGUGUAUGUAUUUUCAAGAAACGGCCCAAUUUCUUGAUGAAUUCAAAAAACCCUGUUCAACAUAAGAUUCCAAUGAGACAAGGCGAUUUAAUUAUUCUUAGUUCCCUUUAUUGCUUUUAGUAUCUUAACUCAGGGCCAGGUGGAAUUGCCGGGGCAUUUAUACAUGAAAAGCAUGCCUUUGACUUUGAUCUUCCAAAGUAAGUGGUAGCCGUUAGAUCAGCCAGUUUAACUUUAUUAUGGUGUUCGUGCUUGUUGCGUUCGUUUUCUGAAGUUUGAUUUGUUUGUCACAGUGAACAGGGGAUUCAAAAGCAGCCAGAAUUCGCCUCGUUAGAAACCAGACGGAAAGUGGGUCGAGUUAACUUUCGCAAAGACUUUGGGACUGUUACGAGGGACGGGGAUAAAAACAUUGGCCCAUAGAGAUUCUAAGCUUCACGUAUACGGCAAACGACAAACGUCAGAUUCAAGAUGAGAAUUUCUCAAAAUAGAAAAUGAGCAGAUAAUAAUAGUUCAAAACAAUUCUUAUCGAUUAAAAAUUGCGUGAAACUACUAAUUUAUGUGUAGAAAUAAUGAACAGUAAACGAGAAGUAAAGAUAAAACUCGGUCGUGGGGUACAAAUUCGCGUUUGCCUUUUGACGUAAACGUGAUGCUUAACCUCUCAAAAAGCUGACCGGCGCCUCCCCAGUAACUGUCCCAGAAACAAUUGCGGGACGCAUUUCGGCUUCAGAUCCCUUCUUGUUUCUAAAAUGACGAAUGAUUCUAUCAGUAAUUGAUUAUUGAAGUUCAACGUUUGAGUUGAACCGAUGUCUUUUACUCCACUUUCCACUAUUCGCGCCAUUAUUUUCGCCAUUAUUAAUUCAAGAUUUAAUGUUUUAGCACCGAAUUUGAGGCUGUUUUGGUGAGUAAAAUACAGCACACCAUUGAGGUCAAUACAGUCGGAGUCCAUUAUUUCUAGAAUUGAUUUGAGCCCUUGGGCUAGAAUAAAUUCAUUACUGGACUGGAAUAGAUAUUCGAUAGGGCUGUUUUGGUUCAAAUUGUGCUCAGAUGGCUCCUGAAUACUAUCUCGACUGAGAUAGCUGGGCGGGGACUUUUUUCAAAACAAAUUGUUUUCUAGAUCAUCCCAACACAAAGAGCUGUACUGUAGGCUGUGUUGCAGGUAUUACAAUUGGAGAGUUUAGGCGGAACUCUUCUCCUUCAGCGCCUGCUAUUUCACAGGCUAAAAAACUGGAUCAUCCUUUUAGAGUCAGGUCUUCAUUCUUACUUUUUGCAUCGCUUCUUUUGGCAGAUUUGCUGGUUGGUGGGGACAUGACAGGAAAAGUAGAUUUGAAAUGGGACACGGUAAAUAUUGUUUUCUGCUGUUUCUUUUUGUUAUUAUUUUGUUUCUACCAGAGUGCAGGAAACAGAAAAUUUAGGUGUGAAAUGGGUUAUCGUUUCGUGGAAUAAUGAUCGGAAGUACUUGUAGCGUCUUCAAAAGUUUAACCUGCGAUCAGCCGUUCUUUUUCACGGCUGUUUACGGGUUAUUGAAUGUUGUAUGGGCGUUAGUUGACCAAAACAUGUGAUUACGUUUGUUCAUAGAAUUCAAAUCACUUCCUGGAGCAGCAGGUUUUCAGUUGUCAAAUCCUCCUUUGUGGCAAGCAGUGUCUCUUCUUGGUAGUUUAAAUGUGAGUACUAGUAAUGGGUUGAUACUACCCACCCAGCGAGCAAAGAAAGUGGUGUCCUACAGCCUGGGGCCAGAGGAUCUUGCUAUCAGGCCAAUGUCUUCACGAGUCAGUUUAAUAAAAAAUUUACACGUGUUAUUUACAAGUGUACCCAUUUUAUUAGAGUCUGAAAACACCAGCUACACUAAUAAAUUACACUGAGCUUGUGAAAGUUUUAUUAAACUGACUCCACUGUCCUUAACUUGCCGCGACGCUUGUGGUGUUUACACUAUGGCGGACAAAUUUGUUAUUCAAAAGUUCAGACGGUUUUGGUGGUCACACCAAGCCGGUAAAAUGUAUAGCCGCACCGGCUACAAAUUUAUGAUCGACUUUUUUCGUUUCAAUUGUUGAAAGGCGAGGUGUCUAAAUUUUUGUAUGGUUGACGUUAAGGAAAGGGGGUUCCGCGUGAAAUGUGCUCGACCAUAAUUCCCUCUUUAUGCUUGCCUUGCUUUCACCAGUCUAAGUUUCUUGUCUUCUUUGCAGGUUUUUGCCAAAACCUCUAUCAAACAGCUGAGGACAAAAUCGGACAUUUUGACAGGUAACUCGAAAAGGAGGUGAUUGUUGGCUGCACUUAGCUCCAAGCAAGCGUGAGCAUUUGCAUCAACAGUGUCAGAGUUUUGGUGAAAUUACAAAGCUUAAUACCUGACUUGAUGGCGCUAGCUUGUUAUUAGCUAGACACGCCAGCACACACCGAAAAAUGUCGGCAAGAAGCUAUGCGUUUGCGUAUUUAAAACCCGCUACAUUUAUUUGAUUUUGUGAUUGGUUUGCUGUAUCACCUUAUAUGUAGUUCGGAUUGGCCCGCGAGGUUGUUUACUUUAGCUCUUAUUGGUCCUGUUCAAUUUUGUCGGGGUCUUCCUCCGUUUUGUUUGGCAUAAGUAUCAUGGAGCUUGAGCAACGACAAAGCCUACGGUUUCGAGAAUGGCGGAAAAAACGAUUGUUUUAGGGGCUAUUUAAGUGAUAUAUAUCCUAGCACCAGGAAGAUCCAGAAAGGCGGAUCAUCCUGGCGCCAUAUGUUUUCUGUAUUCGGUUUACAUGCAAAGGGUUGUACUUGUCCCUAGCGCUAGGAUCUUCCUAAUACUCGGAUCCUCUUAGCUCUGAGAGGGAGGAAUAUCCUAGUACUAGGAAGAUCCUCACACCAUCAUUCAUGUAAAUUGCCUUCGUUAGAAAUAUCCUAGUACUAGGGACAAACUAGACAAAAAUGGCGGCGGGUCUUUUAGUGGCUAAUCGCGGCCUAAAAGCUCGACUAUUUUGUUACCACGAGCUGAAUUUUGCAAUAAUUGUGCUGAAAGGUAGUCGUUUACGCCAGUAAAGAGAGCAGAAGGGCCCAAAUUGCAUUUUUGUUUUUGUUGCCCGUCAUUUUCAAUUCCAUCUAGAUCCUUCUCUACUUAGGCACCACAAGGACUGACAUUUCUACUUGUUAACCCAACGAAAAGUUGUUUUGCCUUUUAAUAUCUUCCUGGUACUAGGCUGGAUCUUCCUUCCUUCAUGCAAACAGCCCUUUAGAUUAGCAAAACGAAAACUCUGCACUUGCAUCACGCGUUUUUUUUUUUUACAUUUCUUUGCCAUUGAGUUGGUCGACGUUUUAUGAAAAACUUGAACUAGAGAAAACGAUUUUUUUUUCUGAACUUCGAUAUAGUGCUUUAGACUUCAACCCCAGAAAAAUUCGCCAGCAUUUGACAAAUUGAACGAGAUGGAUUAAGAGCGGAGAAGUUUGAAGCAGCACGAAUUCACUUGUUGUGUGGCGUUUUUGCUGCCUGUUGCUGUUGCACCAUAAGGAGUAACUAUAGAGUUUUAGCAUCGACGACGGCGACGGCAGCGACAACGUCACUUUGAAAAUGAAUUAGCGUUUUUUCUAACUUUGUCGCGUUUACCGGUAAUCUAAUUCGCUGAAAAUGUCUACUGUAGGCAAAUUUCCCUGGAGUUGAUUUCUUGGAGACCGUCGCCGUCGUCGUUGCUAAAACUCCCUAGUACUGACUUUUAGCAACGACGACGGCGACGGCAACGAGAACGUCAAAAAAGCAAUAGGUUUCUUAAGAAAAACACAAAAACAAGUUUGCACGUGCAUCACGCUUUUCUUUGCCGUUACUGCACCCUUUUAUGGAGGACGUAAACAAGCGACGAAGAAAUUUCCUUCUCUUUCUAAACGGGAGUGCGGCCCCAAGAAAUCAACUCCAGGGAAAUUUGCCUACAUUAGACAUUUUCAGCGAAUUGGAAUAAACGCGACAAAGCCGUUUGAGAAAACGCUAAUUCAUUUUGAAAGUGACGUUUUCGCUGCCAUUGCCGUCGCACAUGCUAAAGCUCAGUAGCGAGCUCUGUGGUUCUACGAUACUCAGGUGAAAAUUUCUUUAAUGUUUUUCAGCUUAUCUCGAACUUCUUCUUCUACACUACUACGGUUACUCAGAAGACUGUGAAGAAACUCCACCAAAACAGCAAAAACUGGAGAAUGGAGGCCGGACAAGCAAGCCCAAGGUUCAUUUGUCAAUAGUCACCCCAAUCAACCCAUCUGAACGUGGCUGUCAGCUGUCCGUCAAAUUCUCUGUACCAAUCAAAUCUGUUCAAGAACAACUUCAGAAACGGGGAGUGGUGGUGAGUUGACAUAGGCGAAUCUUUGCUGACGUCAAUGUUUAAAUUGUUGUUCAUUAGCAUACGAGUUAGGCCAUGGAAGGUGUCACCUUAUGCACAAAUUGAAUUCGAAUGGUGAAAGAGUUGGUUAAUUUGAACAAUUUGUGCAAUUUUUAGCCCUUUGUAAACAAGAACUACGGAAAUAGCAGCCAUUGAAAUCUGCGAAAUUGCUGGGUGACAAAAACGUUAAUGAGCCCAUACAUUCUUUGUAAAGUUUCGAGUUUUUCAGAGAUAAUAGAUAAUUUCUCCGAAACCAUUCGGUAUAUCGGGCUCAAAUUUUCACAGAUAACUGAAAUUGAUAUGCUCUUUCGAUAUUUAGAGAGUUGAUUUUAAUAACCUGAUGGGAGAAUAAGAAUCAUAUGCUAAUGAGCCAAAAAAUGUAAACAAAUAUUGGCCUAUAAGGAAAGGCAAGCAGCACUGCAUACAGACAUACAUCACCUCUAUAAACCUCGGAUUUACAGAGUCGCUGUAGAAGCUAAUAUGCCACGGAAGACAAAAACGAGGAAGAAAUAAACGCUGAUAUAUUGAAGCAAAAAGUUGCAAAGAAAACUGACUACUCAUUAGCUCAUCAUUACAGCGACACUUUUGCCGAAAAUAAAGUUUUAUCUUAAAUAAUUUUGAUUUAAAAUUGGUGUCGUCAAAGUUGUUCGCCCUACGACUAGACGGCAACGAGAAGGUUGCUUAAAAAGUGAAUUUUUCAGCGUUCUUUCAGUCUUUAUCACAAUUAUUCCUACCCACUUACUUUGUGAAAUGUUGGCGAACCCUCCUGAUGUCGAAUUCCAAGGGACAAGUAAGUUCUGAAACAAUAAAAUUUUGUCGUUGCUUGCCCUACAAGACGCGAAAACAGGCAUUUUCACGUCGAAGUCGUGCAAAAACGGCAAAGAAAUGUGCAAAAAAGUGUGAUGCACGUGCGAAGUUGUUUUUUGCUUUAUUAAGCCUAUUGUUUUUUAGAAGUUCUCGUUACCAUCACGUCGUUGGAUCGUUGGAUUAGUGAGUUUUGAAACGUAGCACGUGAUAGCCUGUGGUUGGCAGGAUUAGUGGGCAUGUGCUGCAGCUUGUUGCAGCGGAGCCGCGAAAGGAUUGGGGGCAAGUCAAGAAAAUGUCCCGGGCAUAACAAUCCUGACACUUUCGUAGGCUAAGCACGUGAUACGUCCUUGUCAUUCCGGUAAACGCCCUUGAGUUGGGAGGGGGAAAAACAGCAACAACAACAACAACACAAAAGACACGCUUUAAUUGAGUAUCAAUGUUUUUUAAGCAAGAAAGUACCAAUUGGGGACGGGACCGCCAUUGGUCAUCCGAGCCAUACGAAGGUCUUGCCGAUUUCUCCUCAGUUUUUCUAAGACCCUGAGUAUCGAUUUGGUCCCGGGAAUCGUACCCGUAACUUCUCGCUCUGCAGUCGAGCGCUCUACCAACUGAACUAGUCCUGUCGCAGUUGUAAUCAACAUUUCGUGUUAUGUAUUAUUUAUCCUUACACGUUUUGUUUUGUGUUUAGGUGGACACACGUGAACCCGACGUGAUGAGACUCGCUCCUGCCCCGCUAUACAACAGCUUCACGGACGUGUAUCGUUUUGUUACCAUAUUAGGAGAAGCUUUUGAUCUGCUGAACUCGGAGGUCGCUUAGCAGUGUUGUUUGAACUCUUCACCCAGGCGAUGAUAUUAGAGAUCCUUAGAUUCUUAGACGAUGACGACUACGAGGACUACAAAGUAUUGCUCGCGCGUUAACCAGUGUCAUUUUGGCGGGAAAACGUAAUAGUCGUUGUCGGUAACGUAAACGGUCUUUGUCAUCAUUGAGCUUAUUAUAAGCAUCGACGACGGCGACGUCAACGAGAACGCAAUAGGUUAGAUUGGCAAAAAAACAACCCUGCACGUGCAAGACAUGGAAUAAGCGCGAUAAAGUCUGAAGAGCGCGACUUCGCUUUUUAAGUGACGUUUUCGUACCCGUCGUCAUCGUCGUUGCUUAAGCUCCCUAAUAAACGCUUCACUACGUCGCCAAUUUGUUGAUGAAGAUGAUGUAAACUGCGGAAAUACAUAGCAUAGUUGGUCUGCACCAAGAGCCAUUAUGGCUCUUGUCUGCACUCACUAUAUGGGUCUUCAUAGCUCAGUUGGAAGAGCACUGCAGCGCUUCGCAGAGGCCAUGGGUUCGAAUCCCGUUGAGAUCCCGAAUUUUUCUUCGGUUUAAUUUGCAGUUGCUUAAAUGCAAUUACCACUGUGACGAUCAUAUCUUAAUAAAAAUUUAUAUUUCCGCAGUUCACAUCAUCUUCAUUCUGUUUCAUUUCUUUCACGGGUUAAAAUGAACUCAACAAAUUGGCCUGCUCCCAAUGUAUGUGUCUUCAUAGCUCAGUUGGUAGCGCACUGCAGCGUAACGCAGAUGCCUUGAAUUCGAAUCCCGUUGAAGUCCCGAACUUUUUUUUUCGGGUUAAUUUGCAAUUGCUUAAAUUACAAUUACCACUGCAACGAUCAUAUCUUCAUUUAAAUUUGUAUUUCCGCAGUUCACAUCAUCUUCAAUUAGAGAACUCUCGUUGGGACGGUGAAAGCCGCUCAAUAGAGGUCUAAGUUCCCAUUCUUUUCUACAAUUAUUUCGGGACUGACUACUGGCCACGCUUAGUAGAGGGUGCAGGCCGCUUAAUCGAGGUUCAACUGUUCAAUGAAGCUUUCCGGGGUGUGUAUUUUUUGAGCGGAAUACGCGAAAAAAAAAACUUUGCGUCAAAUCUCGUCCCCGAAUCUUAAGAUCUCUAAUACCGUAGUGUGUCUAGUGUGAACCAAUCUUAUAAAAAUGAAGUGUGUAUAAGCAAACUACUAGUAAUUCCUCAAGGUACAAUUCCUUUACAAAAGGAAGAAAUUGUCGCUUUGAGAUAACCUUCUAGUACGUAUAACUUAUUUGUCAUACUGGUUCCCUGAACUGAAACUCUAAAACCAGUUCGGGAAAAAAUAACCUUAAUUUGAAGUUUAAAACUGAAAAUUGUCUUUUAAAAGGAAAUGAAUUGUCUAUGUUUUUUUUAAGUUAAAUAUUUAUUUAGAGGUACCUUAAUUUUCAUUUGUUUUCGUUAUUUAUUUCUAGGUUGUAAGAGUGUAUAUGUUUUAUAUAAUCGAAUUCGAACAUUUUAUCACUUUGUCUUAGUAUUUAUAAAAGGGGGUUUGUAGUGCUCUUCAAGGGAGCAUUGAGUGCCAAGUAAUGCAAUAAAAAACUGGAA